AACAUUCCCUGGAAUCGUCAAAGAAUAAGGUUUUAAGGAAUGCUGUACAUGUUGAAGAGGCUGAAGUGGAGAAGUGUGUCAGAGAUGUAAUGAAAGCAAAGAGAAUCGAGCAGAGCAACACGGGGUUUAAGAGUAUCCUGCACAUGUCCCUGAUGCAGAUAUCAGGCUAUAAGAAACUGUAUCGGGAGGUGGAAAACCUGAGGAAAGUCCCAUAUGACUCAGACAAUGAGGAGCAUGAGGAGCUGCUGAUUGAGCUCUGGGACCUGCUGAUGCCCCAGGAGCCCCUGAGGGGCAGAGUCAGCAAGCAGUGGUGUGACAUCGGCUUCCAGGGGGACGACCCCAAGACAGACUUCAGAGGAAUGGGCCUGCUGGGGCUGGUCAACCUGGUGUACCUCAGCAGGCACCACCCCAGCGAGGCUCGGCGCAUCCUGGCGCGCUCCAACCACCCGCGGCUGGGCUAUUCCUAUGCAAUAGUUGGGAUCAACCUGACUGAGAUGGCAUACAGCUUGCUCAAGAGUGGUGCUCUGAAGCCUCACCUGUACAACGUGGUCCUCGGGCUGCCUCGGAUGGAGCACUUCCACCAGUUCUACUGUUAUCUGGUGUAUGAGUUUGACAAGUUCUGGUUUGAAGAAAAUCCAGAAAGCAUAAUGCACUUCAACCAGUACAGAGAGAAAUUCCAUGAAAAAAUUAAGAGACUUCUGCUGGAUUGGAAUGUGGUCCUGACCUUACAACAUACAGAGAAACCUUAG